AUGGAAGACGCCUCAAUAACGUCCCUCAAGGCAGACUUCAUCCGCACUCAAGUCCGCCAACUCGACACCCUCCUCGAACCAUCCAAGCGAUGGCGCGAGCUCCUGCCCGCACCCGCCGACGAAGGCCAGCUCAGCGACAAGACGAUCGCGGACUUAGUCACCAAAGCCAACGACAAGAUCCGGCAACAUAACCGGCUGAUCUUCUCGACGCAGUCCCAACGGCACGUUGCGGAACAGAUCGAGUCUCUACACUGGAACCUCGUCUCGGGCGACUUGGAGCGCGCGGAGGCUGAUACUGUGGUUAUCCUUCGCGAUGCAGAGUUGACGGACGCGCAGGUCAUACGGUCUUUGCCGCAGGAGUAUGACGAUCUAUAUGUCCAUCCGGAUCAUGAAAUGCAGGAAGGCGAGGCAGAGAGGUAUACCCUGUUGCGCGAGCGGUUGUUGGAGUCAUGUCAGAAGAGAGACGCGUUGAAGAGGAAGUUGGCACGGUAUCAAGAGCUAAAAAGGUUGCUUGAGCCUUUGAACGAACCGCAGGAGAAUGGGCAGCCGAAUUUGGUCACGAGGGACGGAGAAUUGAGCCAGCAGCUGGACCGGAUGAGGGUGUUAAUGGCAAGAGUGAUGGGACGAAUCAACGGGAUGAGCGAUUCGGGGGUAGGUGGGAAGACACUGCAGGAAAAUGCCCCGGCACCACUGACAGAUCAACAAAAGCUCGCACGCGUCAUGGGAUUGGGGUGA